AUGGAGAGCAUGAGCUGUGGAGGUCCACUAGGCAUCGACGUGCUAGCCCACGAAUGGCCCAAGGCGCUUUUGUACACUUUCCCGCCUAUACAGCUGCUCCUUGCUUUCCUCGAGAAGGUCAGGAAAGAUGAGCGUUACCCUGUGUGCAAAACUGAAUGGGAUGGUCUACAAUGCUGGCCCAGAGUUGUAGUUGGUGAGGUUGUCAGUAUGACGUGUCCAGAUUUCUUUCGACAUUUUACAACUAAACAAGGACUUGUCUAUAGAAACUGCACACGCAGGGGCUGGACCUACUCAUUCCCACCAUACCCUGAAGCCUGUGACUUUGAUAAUGACACAGACGUGGAACCGGAGAAUACGAAAUUGUACUACUCAACAUUUCAACACAUCUACACUGCAGGUUACUCCACGUCACUGGUUUCAUUAAUUAUAGCCAUUGUUGUUUUUGCUGUUUUCAGGAAGUUCCAUUGCACCAGGAAUUAUAUCCACAUGAACCUGUUUCUUUCAUUCAUCCUCCGAGCCAGUGCUGUUUUCAUAAAAGACGCUGUGCUCUUUGCAGAUGAAAACAUGGAUCACUGCUCCAUGUCAACGGUUUCAUGUAAAGCUGCUGUUGUGUUCUUUCAAUUCAGCAUUCUGGCCAAUUUCUUCUGGUUACUGGUGGAAGGCAUGUACCUCCAGACACUUCUGGCACUAACGUUUGUUUCAGAGAAAAAAUAUUUCUGGUGGUACUUUUUGGUGGGAUGGGGUGCUCCAGUUACAGUAAUGACUACAUGGGUACUCACUAAGAUCUAUCAUGAUAACCAUGGAUGCUGGGAUGACAAUGAAGAUAUUACAGUUUGGUGGAUCAUCAGGUGCCCAAUACUUUUUGCAGUUUUUGUCAACUUUGUUAUAUUUGUGAACAUUAUCAGAAUACUGGUACAGAAGCUGAAGACACCAGCUGUGGGAGGGAAUGAUUCAAGCCACUUUAUGAGGCUUGCAAAAUCAACUCUGCUUCUCAUUCCACUGCUUGGAGUUCACUAUAUUGUCUUCGCAUUCUUCCCAGAAAACACUGGAAUAGAUGCAAGAUUAUAUAUUGAGCUUGGAUUAGGCUCUUUUCAGGGUUUUUUUGUGGCUUUACUUUAUUGUUUCUUGAACGGAGAGGUUCAGGCAGAACUGAAGAAACGUUUAGAAAGGUGGCACGGCGAGGGACAUUUGAGUUUUAAACAGAAACGCAGAACCUUGUCCUCAGACAGCAGCACUGUGAAUUUCGUGUCUCAGCAUACUGAACUUGAAAAACUUAGCCCUAAAAGAAGACCAUCUAGAUACCACAACUGUAUUUCCUCUGUGUGACGUACAUUUGGUUGGCCACCUAAAGCCAUGUGCUAUAUGUGCAACGCAUUGUGCUAUGCCAUUUUUAAGAUAUUACUUGUUUGGGGGACCAGGUGGAUGCAUGAAUUGGUAUGUCUUAUAUGAAAUCAGCGGUUCUUGACAAAAUUUGUGUUGAGUGCCUUUGUGAAAUGUUUUCUGGGCUCCAAGUUCAAUUCCUAGUGGACACGUGUGCACAUAACAAACUCAUUAAGGUCUUAAGGUAUGGCUAAGGAAAGGCUUUAAAAAUAAUUAAAAGAUAGAUUUUUUUUUCCAUUUUUCCCACCAAUCAAUAUUAUUUUAAAUGUCUAAAGUAAAUUACCAGCAAUUUAUUAAGAUUGGGUCAUUUUAUAUGCAUUCUGGAACAAAAAAAAAGGUAAAUAUUUAGGGCAAUGCGUGUUCUUAACCAGUAUUUGUGGUCUGAUAAAUAUGACUGUACAUUGAAUUUUGUUUUGUGGACUUUUGGAAGGAUGUACCUCAUUUGUUUUUGCAUACACAUCCAAGAAAAAACAGAAAUAUUUGUCAAAAAAUAAACAACACCGCCGCACUUUUUAGUCUUGUAUGAUGUGCAUUUCAGUUUUUAGCUUUAAAACAUUUCUUUACAUAAUGCUCUUUGAAACAAAAUAAAAAUACCAUGAUUUUUUUUAAAAAUAUAUGACGCUAAAACAAAUUGCAUGCAAUAAAAAGCACCCGUGAGUAAGGGGCAGUCAGCACACCGAUUUCCUACAAGAAAUUUUUAGGAAUUCAGAAAUGUUCUUUAUGUCAGUGUUGCUCAUAGUUUCUGUUUUAGAAGCAGUGUUAGCCUAUUCGGUGUAUCAUUUCUGAACACUUUGUAUACUUACAAUGAAUCAACUUUUCCUAUUGACACCAUAGCAGAUUUUUGAAAACUGCCUGCUGUAGUCUUUUUUUGCAUAUACAGUAUAUGAUCGCUCACUGCCUGCUGUAGUCUUUUUUUGCAUAUACAGUAUAUGAUCGCUCAUUGCUAUCACCUGAACUUCCUCUGCUGUUAUCAAGGAAGUUUUUCUAAAGAGUUUAAAAAAAAAAAAAAAAAAAGCAUUUGCAAGCAAACUUUAAUUUCACUCUGCGCGCUGACAGCUUCUUUGCGCGUGCUGUUAGUACCGUAAAUGAUACAAAACAUGACGCAAAACUGAUUCAUCACAACCCUUCCUUAGCCUACCUUACGGCAAUGGAUCAGAGAGGAGACUGGACUCCUUAAAUCAAAGCACAAAGUUGCUUUCAUACCAAAUGUGCCACCAUCCUGAAGCACUACUGAACACACCAAUUGCCUUCGUAGUUCAGAUUAUGUUUCUGUUUUUAUAUUUGAUUAGUCUACUGACUUGAUUGGAAUUAUUUCCCACAUCACUGGAGCAAUGUGCCAGUAUACAGCCAGGCCUGCAGGUGUUGAAAGAGUUAAGAUCCCCCAAUUUGCACACAGACAUACUCACCACAAUUACCAAUAUCUUUGUGAUUAUGUUAUGUUAUAGUGCUGAUUGGCUGAUUGAAUUCCUAACCCAGAUUUCUUGUUACCAUACUGCGUGUGUAAAACAGUAAAUCUGUGAUCUCAUGUAGCAGAGUUUAAUAUCCAUUCAACAGACGGUGUACCCUGAUCACCACCUUCCAACAUGAAUGAAUGAUUCCUAAGUGGUCUGUUGAAGUAAAUUCUUCUUUUCUCUGAAAUGAAACAUUGCAAUGCACAUUUCCAGUACAGGUUUCUUGGUCGCUGUGUGUGCUGUGACCUUUCUUUUAAAGGAGCAGUGCUACUGUACAUGGAAGAAUGUGUUUGUUAGUGGAAAUGCAAGCUUAUGAUUAAUGACUAAAUACACUUGAUGUGAAAAGACUGUAUAAGACAUCAGUGAGUAGGUGUGGGAAGCUUGUUCUGUUUUAAUUAUUUGUAAAAGUAUCAUUUAUGCUUGACCACAAAAAUAGCAAAAAAAAAAAAAAAGCAACAAGCCAUGACUAUUAAUAUAAUAGCAGGGAGGUUGUUCAUCCACUCAUUUUCUUGUUUACAAUAGCACCAGUAAUUGCUGGUGUACUUUUACAUUGGCAAUGCUACUACUGUAGAUACAUACUGUAAGUGUCCCAUGUUGUCAAUAAGGUGGCUUUCAAGGACACAGAAUUAUAACUUAUUUUAAAAGUAUAUUCACAUAGAGAGAAUGAAAAUGUUUUGUAGGCUUAGUUCGGGUACAAGGAGUAGGGUCUACACAAGGCCAAGGGUCUAUUCAAACAGAUAUGUAUGCAAGUAAUUUCAAUUUGAAAAAACGAUUCUCAAUCACACAAGAUUUGUCAAAAUCCCAAUACAUCUUCUGCUGUGUAUAAAUAUCAUCAUAUUUAUUUAACAUUUGAAAUAGUAAAAGUUAUUUAUUUUUUUUAUAUUUAAUAGACGUUCACAAGUACAAUCUUUGUUUUUGUUAUAUAAUAAGGAUAUCACUUCUAUAUAGGGAGUUCGUACAGUUGGAGCAGGCACAGCCCACUUGCCAAAACAGUGAGGUAAAAUACGCAUAACUUAUUACCUUAUAAUAUAAACUAGUUUGCAAAGCCUUAGGAAUCUGAAAACAGUGACACUAUAGUCGAUUGUUAUAAGUAUUAGAGCAACAGAAAACCAAAAAUAUAUUUAGAAGAAUAUGUCUUAGUCUAUCUUUCUGUUAAUAAUCUAGAUUAAAGCAAGUUACAUAUUUAAAUUGUAUUGGCACACAACACUACACAGACAUUAAAAUGAUCUAUUUGUAAGUAUUAUUCUUCACCCCAUCCUACAAUGUGACGUUUAACGGCCAAUCAAAUCACAACAAAGCUCUCCCAAACCUUUUUCUGCUAUAUUGGGUCUCAGUAGGUACAGUAGGAAGUUCAAUGUUAUAAAGUAGGACAGUUUCUAACUUGUGUCAUAUCUGUGAACAAGAUGGAGCAAAUGUGUUUUCCUAUUUUUUUUUUUCUGUUUUGGCUUGAUAUUUACAUGUCUAUGUUAGUGUUGCUAGUGUUCAGUCUUCAGUGAUCAAAUGUAUCUUCCAGUAUAAUGUUUAGUUUCCAACAUACCUAAUAAAAGGGAAAAUGGUACCAUUCCAUGAACAGCUGUUGAGAAAUCCUUCUUUAUUCUUUUGUAUUUGUGUAAGUAUUGUAGGGAAAUUAGCAAACUGACUGUUUUGUUAAAAUUGUUACAUAUGUGAAAAAACAAUAAUAAUAAACUAGAAAUGCAAGAAGAUAUUUUUUGUGACUAUAUGUGCAGUAUAUUUAUGAUAAAAUUAUAUUUUCCUCCUGUAGAA